GGCCAAGCUAACUGAAAUUUUGGACACCUUGACUGUACUUCUUACACGCAUGAGGCCAUUUUUUAUUCAUCAUUUGUGAAAGUUGGUGGUCGUAAGCGGUUGAAAUCGGUGUUGCAGACUAGGGCAUCACCAUGAGGCCGCCCGGCAACAUCCUGUACAUCAUUCAGGGCGAGAUGAGCAUACUGCUGACGGCUAUGCGCCGCGGGCCCCGCUGGUCCAACUACGGGCAUGCGCAGGACGAGAGCCAGGACAACCUGCUGAAGGCGUUCGCCGAGCUCAAGGUCAUUCUGAGCCACACGGAGAACUGGGACGACCUGGACCCGAGCACCGUCUUCACGCCGUUCCUGAACGUGAUCCGACAAACGACACGCCCGGCCCCAGUGACGGGGCUGGCGCUGGCCGCCGUCAACAAGCUGCUCUCCUACCACGUCAUCGACCCGAGCCUGGAGUCGGCGCCGGCCGUGAUGGAGAGUAUCGCCGACGCCGUCACCCACGCGCGGUUCGUCGGCACGGAGACGUCCUCUGACGAGGUGGUGCUCGUCAAGAUACUGCAGGUGCUGCGGACUCUGCUGAUGAUUCCGGCCGGCUUUCUGCUUUCCAACGAGUCCGUCUGCGAGAUCAUGCAGAGCUGCUUCCGGCUGUGCUUCGAGCCUCGUCUCAGCGAGCUGCUGCGGCGGUCCGCCGAGCACAUCCUGACCGACCUGACCCAGCUGCUGUUCACCCGGCUGGCGGACAUGGCUGAGGACGAACAGGCGUCCACCCUCUCGCGGAAGCUGAAGAUGCGCUCCGGCGGGCUGGACGGCCGCGGCAAGAAGAAGGGCAAGUUUCCGCGGCUCAAGUACCGCCGCCGCCAGGAGUCCAAGGACAGGUCCAGAGACGGCAAAGAGGGCAGCAGCGGGCCACGGAAGCCGGACAGCAUCCCGCUGGAGGCGACGGAGCCGCCGGCGGCGCCGGCCGACCCGCCGGAGGAGCCCGGCCAGCCCGACCCGGUCCCCAACGGCGGCGCGCCGCUGGCCACCACGCCGUCGGCGCCGAAGGGAGCCGUGGUCGACCUGAACCACCUGGACCGGGUGCGCGGCCCGCCGCCGACGGAGCGGGCCGCCGAGGAGGCCGAGCGCGCCGGCGGCCAGGAGGAGGCCGGCGGCGCGGCCGGCGCGACGGCCGAGGACGCCGAGUCAGUGGACGGCGCCGACUCGGCUAGUCUGCCGGACGGACAGACGGAAGAGCCGCUCGCCACGGAGGCGGCGCCGCCGGCCGCACCCGGCUCUGACGUCACCGGAUCAGAGUCGACCGAACCGGCACCCGGUACCGAGGGCGAGCCCGCCUGCUCUCUGGACGGCGCGGCCGGCUCCAGGGCCGCCUCCGAGCCGCCGGCCGACGAGGCCGACGACGAGCCGCGCGAGAACCCGCAGGGCGUCAAGUUCACCGGCAGGGGCAGGGGCGCCGGCCCGCUGGUGCCGUAUGGCCUGCCCUGCGUACGCGAGGUGCUCAACUUCUUCGCGUCGCUGACCAGCCCUUUGGACCGCAACAACUCGGACUUCAUGAUCCACUGUGGCCUCGGCCUUCUUGCCGUUGCCAUGGAGACGGGCGCCGAGCACAUGGCUCGCCUGCCGUCUCUCAUCGCCCUGGUUCGGGACGACAUCUGCCGUAACCUGUUCUCGCUGCUGAACUCGGAGCGGCUCUCCAUCUUCUCCGCCUCGCUGCGCGUCUGUCUGCUGCUGUUCGAGUCGCUGCGCGCCCAGACCAAGUUCCAGCUGGAGAUGUACAUCACGCGACUCACCGAUAUCGUCGUCUCCGAGAACCCACGCACCGCUUACGAGCAGAAGGAGAUGGCGCUCGACGCGCUGGUCCAGCUGUGGAAGAUCCCCGGCCUGGUGACGGAGCUCUACCUCAACUACGACUGCGACCCCUACUGCUCCAACCUGUUCGAAGACGUCACCAAGCUGCUGUCCAAGAACGCGUUCCCCGUGCAGGGCCUGUACUCGACCCACCUGCUGUCGCUGGACGCGCUGCUGACCGUGGUGGACUCUAUCGAGCAUCAGUGCCACACGCGGAUACACUCGGAGCGGCGGGAGCGAGCAGAGGCGCACCCAGGCGAGGCGGCGGCGGCGACGGCCAGCCCCGCCCCCGGUUACGACUAUCCGGCGUCCGGCUAUCUGAUUGGCUGCAGCCAGCAACGGGCGCCGCCCACCGCUGACGCGGCGGCCGGCCAUUGGUCGGGCCGCCGCGCACCGUCCGACCAGGAGGUGCCUACGCACGAGGAACUCAUGGCCGUCAAGCACCGCAAGAAGCUGCUGUCGUCCGGCACGGAGCACUUCAACGUCAAGCCGGCCAAGGGCAUCCAGUUUCUGCAGGAUAACGGCCUGCUCUCGACGCCGCUGGUGCCCACCGAGGUGGUCACGUUCAUCAAGGAGAACCCUCGCCUGGACAAGAAGAUGAUUGGAGAGUACAUCAGCAAGCGAAAUAACCUGGCCGUGCUCGACGCGUUUGUCAAGUCGUUUGACUUUGGCGGCCUGCGGGUGGACGAGUCGCUGCGGCUGUACCUGGAGACGUUCCGCCUGCCGGGAGAGGCGCCCGUCAUCUCGCUGCUCAUGGAGCACUUCGCCGACCACUGGCACAAAUCUAACGACGAGCCGUUCGCCAACGCCGACGCCGCCUUCACGUUGGCGUACGCCAUCAUCAUGCUGAACGUGGACCAGCACAACCACAACGUGCGGAAGAACACGGUGCCCAUGACGCGCGAGGACUUCAAGCGCAACCUCAAGAAGGUUAACGGCGGCAGCGACUUCAACCAGGAGAUGCUGGACGAGAUCUACACGGCCAUCAAGUCGGACGAGAUCGUGAUGCCGGCCGAGCAGACCGGCCUCGUGCGCGAAAACUACCUGUGGAAGGUGCUGCUGCGGCGCGGCGCGGCGCGCGAGGGCGGCUACGUGCGCGCCAGCAGCGGCCUGUUCGACCACGACCUGUUCUCGCUGAGCUGGGGACCGACCGUGGCGGCGCUCAGCUUCGUGUUCGACCGCUCCACCGACGACAUGAUCGUCCAGAAGGCUAUCGGCGGCUUCAGGAAGUGCGCCAUGAUCGCCGCUCACUACGGCAUGUCGGACGUGUACGACAACCUGGUGAUCUCGCUGUGCAAAUUCACCACGCUCGGAAACAGCGCUGAGAGCCCGGAGAGCCUGGUGCUGUCGUUCGGCGCCAACACGAAGGCCCAGCUGGCGGCCCGCACCGUCUUCACGCUGACGCACCGGCACGCGGACAUACUGCGCGACGGCUGGCGCAACCUGCUGGACUGUCUGCUGCAGCUGUACCGCUGCCGCCUGCUGUCGACGGAGGUCACCGAGGCGGAGGACUUCCUGAGCCGGACGGGCCGGGUCAGCCUGCUGCGGGAGCCGGCGGCCGUCACACAGCGGCCGGAGACCAGCCUGCUCAGCUCGCUGUACUCGUACAUCGCGCUCGGCACAGAGUCUCAGGUGGCCAAGCAGCCGUCGCCGGAGGACGUGGAGCACAAGGCGCGCGCUCAGCGCGUCAUCCGCGAGUGUCACCCGGAGCUGCUCGUCACCGAGUCCAAGUUCCUGCGCAUGGACUCGCUGCACGAGCUGGUCAAGGCCCUGAUCCUGGCCAGCCACGGCCCGGACGGCCCCGCGCAGGGCUCCAGCUUCGACGAGGACUCGGCCUCGUUCUUCCUCGAGAUCCUCAUCAAGGUGGUCAUCCAGAACCGGGACCGCGCGGCGCCGCUGUGGCAGUCGGUGCGCAACCACAUCUACUCGGUGGUGAUGUCGGCGUCGGCGUCACACCACAGCCAGCUGAUGGAGCGCGGCAUGGUGGGCCUCAUCAGACUGGUCAUCCGGCUGGUGCGGCGCGAGGAGCUCACCUGCCAGGUGCUGCAGUCGCUGCGCAUGCUGCUGCUGCUGCGCGGUAGCUGCUUGCAGCAGGUGAGCCGGCAGGCGACAGCCGGCCUGCACCAGCUGCUGCGGACGGCCGCCGGCUCGGUGACGGCCGCCGCCGACUGGGCCGUGCUCUUCACGCUGCUGGAGUGCGUGGGCGCCGGCGCCCGGCCGCCGGCCGUGGUGGCUGGCGAGGCGGUGCCGGCGGAGGCGCAAGCCGUCUCCGACACGGAGCAGGUGGCCAGCGACGGCACGCAAGACUCGGGUAACGCGUCGGACAAGUGCUACAGCGACUCGGAGCUGUACGAGCCAAGAGGUCAGCAGCCGGGCCUCCGGCCGCAGGGAGCACCAUUCCACAGCAUGUCGGAGCUGUCGGGUCGCGUGGCCUCCGAGCAGACCCGGCCCGCCGGCACCGGCGGCUGGAUCCUGGUCAGUAGCCGGUGGGCCGCGGAGGGUGAGAUCGAGCCGCUGCAGAUGCGCGCACUGCCCGUCAACCAGUUCAACAUCACGCACGACCGGGAGGUGCUCUUCCACGACCCGGUGUCGUUCGCCAAGGCGGCCGACAGUCUGGCCUUCCUGAUCCGCGACGCCGCCUACAUCACGGCCGACAACUUCCAGCCGUGCGUCCAGUGUCUGCGCACGUUCGUGGAGGCUGGGCUGCAGGCGCGUCUGGCGGCUAACAGGCCGGCGCCGUCAGCUGGGCCGGGCCGUAAGAGGCGCGGCCGCCGCCGGGACGAGGGCCGCCCCCCGCCGGCCGCCGCCGCCGCCGCCACCACCGCCCGCAACUACGACGCCGACGAGAGCGACUCGGAGGCCGAGCUGCCGGCCGGCUACCACCAGAUCGCCAUACAGCUGCUGGACCUGAUGCACACGCUGCACACGCGGGCGGCCCACAUCUUCGGCUGGUUCAGCGAGCCCAGCCGCCGCGGUCAGCUGGACAGCCUGUGGGAGGGAGGCUGGUGCCCGCUGCUGCAGGGCAUCGCACGCCUAUGCUGCGACCCCCGGCGCCAGGUGCGAGCCAGCGCCGUGACCUACUUGCAGCGCUCUCUGCUGGUGCACGACCUGCAGGCGCUGGCGCCAACUGAGUGGGAGGCCUGCUUCCACAAGGUGCUGUUCCCGCUGCUGGCGAAGCUGCUGGAGCCGUCGCCGGCGGCGGGGCUGGAGGAGACGCGGAUGCGGGCAGCCACGCUGCUGUGUAAGGUGUUCCUGCAGCACCUGACGCCGCUGCUGUCGCUGCCCACCUUCACGGCGCUCUGGCUCACCAUCCUCGACUUCAUGGACAAGUACCUGCACGCCGACCGGGCCGACCUGCUGCACGAGGCGAUCCCGGAGUCGAUGAAGAACAUGCUGCUGGUGAUGGAGACGGCCGGCAUCUUCCACACGUCGGAGGGCUUCACCCAGCUCUGGGCCAUCACCUGGGACCGCAUCGACACCUUCCUGCCGACGCUGCGCGAGGAAGUCUUCAGGAACCACCCGCCCAACGAGAUCAAGACGACCGCGAGCGGAGCUGACCUGAGGUCACCGGGCGCCGAGCCGCAGCCGACCGUGGCGCCCAGUAUGAGGGAGGUGCGGCCGGCCAGCCCGCUGCACCACGAGGAGCUGGUGCCGCCGGCGCCGGCCGUGGUGCUACACUCCCGCCGUGCCUUUGGUGAUGCUUCCCACCUACUCUCCUGA